AUGACUGACAAUGAUGAACAUACACAACAAACAUAUCUUGGUCAAAAUACAAUGUCUAUACCGGUCUUUCUUUUCGAAGAAGGUCAAGGUUUGAGCCGUCAUCUAAGUAUGUCGGUCAAUGCUACACGUCGAUUUUCAACUACUUCUCAGAUUCCUUUACCAUAUGGUGAUGAAUAUCGUAGACAAGAACGAGUUCCACCAUCAAGUGCUGAAUUUCGACCAAGAUGUUUUUCAAGAACUGACAAUGAUUAUGAUGGAUCUAUCAAUGAACGGCGAUUGUCGGCCGUUUCAGACGGUAAUAUUUUCAUAGAAGACGAAACAAAUGGAGAAUUAAAUUUGAUUACUUUGAAUUCUCUUCGAAAAAAACGCUAUCAACGUCAUCGUCAAAUCUUAUUUAUCAUGGAGCCAAUUAUUGUUGGUUUAUUUCUACUUCCAAUUAUUGUUCUCUUCUGGCAAUGUGGCUGGAAUCUUGUUUGGAUUCUAUUACAGACAGUUGAUCAUCAUUCAUCAACACCAGACCAACAUACAAUAUCUGACGAAAACUUAAGUCAUUAUUCAAUAUAUACAUUAUUUAUUCCGUAUAUUAUAGUUCAAAUUCUUCUUUUAUUUCUUCAUCUUGCUCAAGAUGUUUUGUAUGAAUUUUUGAAGAGACGAAAACGUUUUAUUCAGUUGAUUCUCUUGAAAUUACACAUUUUUCUAUUAGCAUCAAUAUAUAUAGUUCAAUGGGAAGUGUUAUGGACAGUUUGGGAUCAAUAUACACCUCAUGAAUGGUAUUUUGAAUUAGUUCUUUCACUUACAUCACUUUUUGCAUUGAUUGUAUUGAUUGGACAUUUAUCUGAUCUUGUUUGUGCACCAUUUCUUGUUAGUUAUGAUGAUAUUGAAUAUUGUAUACAUUUUGGUUGUCCAUUACUUACACGACAAAUGUCUCCAUGGAAAAUUAAUUUAAUCAAUUAUUUUUUAUACGAAGUAUUGAUUUCAAAUAUAACAAUAAUGACAUGGCGUGGUUUUUAUCAUUUUCUUGAUGAAACUCUAUAUCACAAUGAUUCAGACAAAUCAGCUUGGAUUUGUAUAUUAGUUGGUUAUAUUCUAUAUUUUCCGUUAAUGUAUUUUCAAAAUUAUCUUGAAUAUUUAAAUUUGAAAUUUGAUUUUUGGACAUUUGUUUCUAUUAAUUUUCCUCAACUCUAUCGUAAUGUUCGACAUUUAUUGGCAUUUUUUUCAUGUCUCUUUCUUUGGCGUGGUAUUUGGGUUCUUUGUGAUACACAUAUUGUCAUCUUCGAAUCACAUUUUCUUACAUAUAUGUUAUUAUAUUUGGGAUCAUUUUUGUUUUUGGCAUUUAUGCAUACCUCAUCAUCAAUUAAUGGUCCUUUAAGUAACAUGAUAGACGAAAAUCAGUUUUUUCCACUCUAUCCAAAUUGUUAUGUUUCUAUGAUUGUUCGAAAAUUUUCUCGAACGUCAUGUUUUAAAUGA